ACACGAGGUCGACCCAACCCACGCACACCCUCAAUUUAGCCUAUGCAAUGUAACCACUCGCUGCACUUAUUCCUACACUAGAAUGCCUGCAACCGGUGGACUUUUGAACCAGGAAUUUCCCUCCCCUUCCCCAAUUAGUGGUCCCCAAUUAGUGACGGAGAUUAGCGAACGGGGUGACACCUGGGGAACUUGAAAUGGGUCCGACUCUGCCUGGCGGGAUGGUAUAAAUGUGAAGUCAAGCAUCGCUGUUUCCUUGGCGGUUCUUGCCAUUUGGAUAUCCUAUUCCUGCCAUGGCUCUCCUGAUGCGCACUGCUGUCCUCUGGGCCACCCUUGCUGCGGGUGCCACCCCUUCUCCCAAGAGUCUGGGGUCAGAUCUCUCCAUCUUGAUCAACAAUGACCUCCAAGGUACGAGUAGCCCUUCGGCAAGCUCCGCCGUGAUACUUCUGGGCCGCCGAUCCCUCGAGGAUGCUGCAUCUGGCUGUGAAGAAUUGGGGGAGCAACUUUGGUCCCCUGAGCUCGGGACCGCGAGCAUCCAGGUGAACCUCGACUAUCUCAAGUACCAGCAGAAGGCCGACGACGCGUCGCAGUUCUGGAUUGCCUCCUCGGAAGACAAGGCUCGAGCAAUUGGAUCCUCUGGCAGUGUCACCUUUGUCGAUUCCGGUCUCCGCCUGCCGGCUCUGUGCACGCAGUCUGCCCCGUUCUCGAACCAGAGCGUGCAAGAUACCAGUGAGAGAUGGCAAGUCAAGGUGCAUUCGAACAACGAGGACUACACCGGAUUCCGCGAUAGGUUGAGCUUCCGGUUUUUGGGGAUCCGGUAUGCGCCGCAGCCCAAGCGGUUUUCCUACUCGGUGCCAUACAAAGGCUCCGGAAAGACUGUCUCGGCGCUGGACUUUGGCCCCCAGUGUAUGCAAGGCGGCAGCGGCGGGUCUGAAGACUGUCUUUUCCUCAACGUCUGGACUCCGUACCUCCCUAAGCCGGACUGCAAGCCGAGGAAGAGCAGUCUUAAGCCGGUCAUGUUCUGGAUCCACGGCGGCGCUUUCGCGACCGGCACGGGUAGCGAUCCGCUCUUCGACGGAGGCAACAUCGCCUCCCGUGGUGACGUCGUCCUGGUCGUCAUCAACUACCGCGUCGCUACGCUGGGUUUCUUGGCCCUGGACGACGGCGUGACGAACGGCAACUUCGGGCUUGCGGACCAGAUCAACGCGCUCGACUGGGUCCGGGCCAACAUCCAGGACUUUGGGGGGGAUCCCGAUAGGAUCACCGUGUUCGGCCAGUCGGCCGGCGCCUCGUCGGUGCGGGCCCUGAUGGCUUCUCCAAAGGCGGUCGGCAAGUUCGCAGGCGCCAUCCAGAUGAGCAACCUGGGAGGCAUCAACUACGGCACCACGUACAGCAAGUACUACACGAUCAAGCAGCAGGUGGACGCGAUCGCGGGCGCGAUCCUCGACGAGACCAACUGCACGGCCGCGGCCUCCCAGGUCGAAUGCCUGCGCGCGGUCGACGCGACGACCCUGGCCAACCUGGCCGACAUGGGCCGCUUCCUCGUCGUCGACGGCACCUACCUGACGACGGACGAGCUCCAGCUCGACGGUCCCCGCCUCCCCGUCGACGUCAUGAUGGGCGGCAUGCGCGACGACGGCGCGCCCUUCAUCCUCUUCCCGACAACCACCAACGAGAGCGAGUACCUCGCCAUGUGGGGCUACGACGCCCCGCCCGCGGACCUCUUCCCCAUCCCCGCGGGCGCCAACGCCACGCUCAACCUCUACAACAUGACGGCGCGCCUCGCCACCGACGGCAUCUUCCGCUGCAUCGACCAAGCCACCGUCAAGCGCGGCACCGAGACCGGCCGCCUGGGUCCCUCAGUCUACUUCUACGAGUUCGGCCGCUCCUACCAGACCGCCGGCUGGCCGGGCACCGACGUGUGCGACCCGCCCCGGACGCCCGACCGGCCCCACGGCGACCCCUCGCUGCCCUACUUCCGCUGCCACUCGGGCGAGCUGUACUACGUCUUCGGCAACCUCGCCCGCCAGGGGAUGCCCGACCGCGACGGCGGCGCCGACGCCGACCUGUCGCGCCUCACGCUCGACUCGUUUGCGGCGUUUGCGCGCUCCGCAGACCCGAACCCCGACGCGGCGUUCCUGGCCGCGCGAGGGUUCGCGGCCGCCGACGAGACUGCUAGGUGGGAGCCUAGCAGGGCUGGGGAGUUGACGAUGAGGGUGUUUGAUUGGCCGAGCUAUCAGGCGCCGUUUAGGGAGCUGCCGCAGUGCGAGGGGCUGGGGUUGGGGUUGGAUUAUUAUGGGUAGAUGGGGGGAUGUUGCGCGUUGUGGGAUAGAGAGGGGUGGAGUGGUGAGUCGUGUUGCUGGGCUUACUGUUCUUGGCUGUCGAUGUAUGGUCACCAUAUUGACAGGGCUGGACAAACUCACGGCGAAGUAAUGUUUGGAGUUGGACUACAUGAUAUCCUGAAUAAAUUGUAGUGACACAACACCGCUGAUGGGCUCUUCUGGUCCGUUGAGUCAUUGUGAUGUACAUGCCAUGACAGUUUAUGAAUAACUACGAUGGCAUACCCGAGGCUGUGACAGAAGAUAGGAGCUAGAUAUAUCUAGACGACAUAUAUGCAGAAAAGCCAGUCACUUUA